AUGACCUUCAGUUGCAACAGCGAUACAUCGAUCUCCUAUUCAGGGAGCUACAGAAGCUAUCUUGGUCAUGGACGAGUAGGGAUCCCGAAAAAGUGUAGAUGUGGUUGUGAUGUUGCUCUUCGAAAGUGUGAUGAUGGUACAAAGUUCUACACAUCCAAGGGGAAUACUAUGGAUGGAGAACCGCACCUUAGAAUGUGGUGGGAUGAAGCAAUUGUCGAGGAGUUGGGUGAGUUGAAGGACUCCUUGGCGGAUUUGUGCACGCAGGUGCAGGACAUGGCCAUGGAUUGUGGACGUCUUGAGAAACUUCUCGGGUAG